UCAAGAAGGUUCAAAUUUAUAUCCCCUAACAUAAUGUCAAUCUGACUGGUAAAUGAAUCUGUAAAGAAAGCGAUCUGAUAAGAAACAUAAUUUCAUUGUGAACCUUCAUAAUCGGUGGGUUCAAAAAUCCAUUUAAUCUGACAUAAUUUAAGAGGUUAGUUCUAACGGAAGCAAUGUCAAAGGAAAGUCAAAAUAAUUAUGGGAAAAGAUUACUACGCGAUCCUCGGGAUCCCCAAGAGCGCGACAGACGACGACAUUAAGAAAAGUUACCGGAAACUGGCCCUAAAGUACCACCCGGAUAAAAAUAAAGCCCCAGACGCAGAAGAAAAAUUCAAAGACGUCGCCGAGGCCUACGAAGUACUAUCGGACAAGAAGAAACGGGACAUUUACGAUAAGUACGGAGAGGAAGGACUUAAGGGCGGGUUCCCCGGGGGCGGUACCGGUCCCUUCCAGGGCGGCACCACCUUUUAUUCCUUCCACGGGGAUCCGAGGGCCACUUUCGCCCAAUUCUUCGGCAACUCGAAUCCGUUCGAGGAGUUUUUCUCGUUCGGUAACGAUUCGCAACCGUUCAUCUCACUGUUCGAUCAAAGUUUCAGUGGGGCGGCGUCGACGUCUAGGUCACAGGAUCCCCCCGUUGAGCACGACCUGUACAUCUCCCUGGAGGAAAUCGCCUCCGGUUGCACCAAAACGAUGAAAAUCACCAAGAAAGUACUGAAACCGAACGGCAGCUUACAAAAAGAAGAUAAAAUUCUCACGAUACAGGUGCGACCCGGAUGGAAGGCCGGUACGAAAAUAACGUUCCCGAAGGAGGGCGAUCAGGGUCCCAAUAAGGUGCCAGCGGACGUGGUUUUUACCAUAAGGGAUAAGCCGCAUCCAGUGUUUAAACGGGAGGGCAGUGACCUUCGUUACUCGGCCAAGGUGACCUUGAGGGACGCCCUCUGCGGGUGUUUAGUAACAGUACCGUUACUGGGCGGCGGAAAAACCACUCUCGACUGCACUGAGGAGGUUAUUAAGCCGGAUAAGACGAAAAUUAUUAGAGGACAGGGGCUACCCUAUCCGAAGGAUAGCGGCAAAACGGGCGAUCUGAUUGUCACUUUUGAUGUUUUGUUUCCAGAUAAACUGUCACCGGCCACCAAGAAAAAAUUAAGAGACCUUUUGUAAACAUUUAAAUAAGUUAUAACUAAGUUGUUCAAUAUGAGAUAUUAUACUAGUUAGUACAUAACAUAA